AUGCAGCCUGUGCAUCUAUUCCUGGUGGGAGGGGUGAUGCUGAGCUGCAGCCAGGACAGCUCACUUGAUUGGGGUGCGUCUGGGAGCCUGCCCCUGCUGCGCCGCGAAACUGCGCCCUUCUUUGGGGAGCUGAAAAGCAUACCGGGCCACCAGUGCCUGCGGGACAGAACCCAUUUCCGAUGUCCCUGGAAGAAAGGACCCAUCACUCAGGUGAAGCUGAAAGAAGCCACCAGUUGCUACUCGCAGGUGCUCAGGCUGAGCCUCGACCUCUUUGGCACUGAAACCAGCAGAGAUGCCUGGUCAGAGAGGGCGCUUGGGCGACUGCUACACAGCCUGUCCAGAGAGCUGAAAGUGCUAGACAGGACAAGAGAGCAGGACCAGUCCUGUCCACUGCCCUUUGCCCUGGCCAUCUGCACCUACUUCCUAGGAAUCUUCCACUAUCUGAAGGUGAAGACCCACAAGCCUUGCGCCUGGGAGAUCAUCCGAGUAGAAAUGCAAGGGGCCCUUUCCACAUUCCCACUGUCUGGGAGAAGGAGCCCCAGGAAGAGGAGAAGUUCCCUGCAGACAACUCUGCUCUCAUGA